CUAGCACACGUGAAUGAUGGCAAGAAACGGAAGUUCUGGAAAAAGCUGACAAAAGUUAAAAAGUAACGACUCGUGAGGAUCUGGAAUUCCGGCGGAAGGAAGUGCACUGAACAUUACGAACGGUCGGUGGUGUGUAGAGAAAAGAAGACUCAAGACACACAGGUACGCAGCCCUAAUGACUCGCACACAGUCAAUAUUGCCCAAGAAGCCAAAGUGGGCAGCCAAUAUUUGAAAGAGCCGAUGAAACAUGACGACUUCAUUACGUGACGGAUCCUGAGCAAGCUAGCAGGGCUGGAGUGCGAACUGGCAUACGUACAUGCUACACAGGUAUUGUUCUCUGUGUACAUGUACGUGCAUAGCCACUUUAUGCAUCAGGUGCUGUGUGUGUGCAACUGCAGUGUGAAGACUGUACCGCUGUGUGGUGUCAGAAGCUGCCUGUCACAGCCUGUGAGGAACAACAGGUCUCUUUCUUGUUUUGCCAAGGUGACCAGAGCACCAUCAAAUCAGAUCCCAUGGGGGGCCUCGUCUAGUGAAACAGAUCUUCAUCUCCGUCGGCAUAGCAACCGAGGACUGCAUCAUGGGAUGCGGUGGCUCCAGCCAGCCACGCUAUGAGAUGAGCAAAUCAGAAAAAUCUUUGAAAGCUGCAUUACUAAUCCAAAGAUGGUAUCGACGCUAUCAGGCCAGGCUGGAGGCCAGGAGGAGAUGCACGUGGAACAUCUUCCAGAGCAUUGAGUACUUAGGAGAACAGGACCAACUCAAGUUGUACAAUUUCUUCAAUGACAUGUUGACUUCAGUUCAGGACUCGCCGAAAGCCAGUUUCCUAUCCGAAGAUGGAAUGCCAGAUGAAGAGGAGAACAAGCAGAUUGUGCGGGAUGACAACAGGCUGGCCCAGCUGGAUGUGGACAAGAUCCCCGUAGAGAAGUCCUAUCAGGGCGUCCACCUGACUUUCCCCCUGACAGCCCAGCAGCUGCAGGAGCUGGUGGGCAGCCUGAAGGAGGACCAGCCCAUCCACGCUAAGUACUGCAUCCAGGUGCUGCUGGAGGCCUGCAAGCUACUGAGGGACAAACCCAACGUCAACCAGGCCACCACGGCCCUGGCCAAGCAGAUCACCGUCUGCGGCGAUUUGCAUGGCAAGCUGGAUGAUUUAUUCAUCAUCUUCUACAAGAAUGGCCUGCCCUCCAAGGAAAACCCUUACGUCUUCAACGGCGACUUUGUAGACAGGGGACCCAAUUCCGUAGAAGUUGCUGUGCUGCUGUUGGCCUUCUUUCUGGUCUACCCCAAUGAGGUCUACUUGAACAGGGGCAAUCAUGAAGAUCACAUCAUGAAUCUGAGGUAUGGUUUCAUCAGGGAAGUCCAGAUGAAAUAUGGAAAACCCAACUGUAAACAGCAAGCACAGUGGAUCAUCCCCCUCUUCAAGGAUGUCUUCUCCUUAUUGCCCUUGGCAACUGUCAUUGACGGGAAAAUCCUUGUCACGCACGGUGGCAUCUCAGACAAGACCGACCUGACGGUGCUGAGCAACCUGGACAGGCAAAAGUACAAGUCUGUUCUAAAACCUCCCUUGAAGGAAGGAGCCGAGGAGAUCACAGGAGAGGAGGACGACCUGUCAGACAAGGUCAACUUCUCGGAGUGGCGGCAGAUCCUGGACGUCCUGUGGAGUGACCCCAAGAUGGUGGACGGCUGCCAGCCCAACCUGUUCCGCGGCGGUGGGAGUUACUUUGGGCCGGACAUCAGCAGCAAAGUGCUGAAGAAGCAUGGCCUGGACCUGCUGAUCCGGUCCCACGAGUGCAAGUCAGAGGGGUACGAGUACACCCACGAUGGACUGGUGCUGACAGUCUUCUCUGCGUCCAACUACUACGAGAUGGGCAGCAACCGAGGAGCUUACGUCAAGAUGGAUUCUGACCUGAAGCCACGCUGCAUCCAGUACAUGGCCUCCAAAUCCCAUCAGAAGCUCUCCAUGGCCCAAAGAUUAAGCAUUGUAGAAAAGUCAGCACUGAGAGAUCUGAAAGAAAAGAUGGCCUCAAACAAGACCACUCUGAAGCAGGGAUUCCAACAGUUUGACCCCAAUGGCACAGGGUUUAUUACAUUGACACAGUGGGCUCAUGUCAUGGAGGAAGUGCUGGAGCUUGCCAUCCCAUGGCGGACACUGCGAAAUAAACUCAUCCGAAUUAAUGACCAGGGUAUGGUGGAGUACGAGUCAUGCAUGGAGAUGGAGUUAACGAUAGGAGGGCACGACGGAGGGCCCAGCAUCACAGAGGUGCUGUAUCGCUACAAGAACAGCUUAGAGACGAUAUUCAGGGCGAUGGACAAGGACCACUCAGGUACGAUAACGAUGGAUGAAUUUGAGGAGGCCUGCAGCCUGCUCAGCAAGCACGUAGGCUCGGACAUCUCCAAGGAGACAGUACGCGACAUGGCUCGCUGCAUCGACAUCAACAAGGAUGGCUACAUUGACUUCAAUGAGUUCCUGGAGGCCUUCCGGCUGGUGGACACACAGGUGAACAAGGCCGACCUGGACGGCAACCGGUCCAAGGCUGACCUGAGAGUGGAUAGCAACGGUACCAGUGACAUGGAAGCCGGUACCGUCAUCUGAUUUUUUUUCUCUUUUCCGCUGAAUUAUACUUAUGCAGGCUGCCUCUGUUACCGGUGUCCAAAUUAAUUCGCCUGUGACCAACAACUGACCAAGUCGCCUCAGUUUGCUCGACACAGCAACACAGUUCUGGCUAAACAGCAGUUCUUUCCUGCAGCUGUUUUGGGAAUGGUUAGAUUUCUAAAAACUGAUAUCAUGGAGUACAACUAAAGUAACAUGUGCAGGGAACUUGUGAAAGUAGAGCAGUUUAUGCACCAGCCAGUGACAGUGAUGGAGCACGAGGAGGAGGCCGGGGAAAAACUGAAGGAGUCCAGACUUGUUUAAUUGGCACACACAAGAGCAAGUUUGUCAUUUGGUCAACCUUGAAUUCCAGGUACACAUUAUGCAGUGUCUCAAACUGUUUCCGAGACGAAUAGUGCUACAGCCCACUGCAGAACCAAGUCAAGUCCUUUUUUAUCUGAUGCAUCGGAGUUUUGACUCAAUACGGCCAUUUCACAGUAGUGCGCCACCAAGAGUUGGCAAUGCGUUGGCCAAUCACAGUGCGUGAAAUGGUCGACAAAUUUUGCGCGUUAUGAUUGGCCGGCGUGUUGCAAACUCUUGGUGGCACGCUAUUGUGAAUCGCCGGUAUAGUUGGUGUGCCCAGACAGUAUGUGCUGGAUUUGGAAUGGUUUUUCAUUGUUGUAUUACGACUAAAACAGCAAGCGUUUCAUCACCACAGAAAUAGUGAACAGUUCAACAUCUCAUCAAAUUGAGAAGUACAGCGGUCACAUAUUGGUUUGCCUUGACUUGCCCACUGGUAAUUGAACAGCCAGUGACUUUGAAGCAGCAUUCACUUUACUGUACAGAGGGUUUUAAAUUUGUACAUAGCAUGCAUGGUGGCUUUGGUGCAGCCACAACAGAUAAAUGAUAUAUUUGUUUCCACGUAUUUAAGCUAUAUAUUUUUCUGUCAUUUGCACUGUUCUGCAAUUAUUUGAAUCACAUGAAAUCAUGAGUAAACUGGACAAAUUAAUACUAGGCACCUUAAGUCUGCACUUGUAGGAUGCAGUUGUGUACAGUAUUUGAUGCAGCCACUUGUGCUUUAGGCAAAGCUUCAAUAAGUUCUUAAUACAGGAAACUUAACCAUAGAUUUGCAAAAAUGUGUAAGAACACAGUGUUUAUUAAUUAUUUAUACGGGUUCAUUCCAAGAAACAACAUUUCCAAAGUCCCUUAUCGACUUUUGAAACACAAACCUUAUAUUGAAAUCAAAUGUUGGCAUUUUUCAUUUUUGGGGGUACUUAUAUUUCAAGCUUGGAGAUCAGUCACACACUAUUUAAGUAAUUUUGUAGCUAAAGAAAUAGACGCAGACAUCAGUGUGGUGUGUGCCGAUGCCAAUAGUGUUGCUAAAUAUUUGGCUGAAUGAAAUUUGUACACUUUUCAGCUCUUUCGUUUUGUUGCUUGCUGUGUUGGUGGCAUCAGUACAUUAGUAAAAUGGAGCCUGAAAGUGAAAAGGUCAUGCGGCGGGCUUCCAGAACCCUUGCACAGUCUACCUCUGGGGAUUUUUACAUGUGGUCGUCCUACCACGCUUGCUAAUUUUUGGAAGAAUGAUUUCGAACCGAAAUUACCCCAAGAAACGUUCAUGUUGGAAUUUUAUCUUCGUGUUCCUUAAGUAAUAUUUUGCAAACGUCACCUGGAGAUGGGCAAAAUGAAAUUUCAUUAAUAAUCUUUCACAUCUGGCAUUAUCUUUCCUCGGUCUCCUUGUUCACGCACGUUUGCUUUCACUUCAUGUGCUGGAGUGAAAACAAGAUUGUGCCUGCCUACCUGCAGUAAAUGGAUUGUAGGUUCAGUCGAGUUAACCUGAUGUGUUCUUGUCACUAAAGGUUAGAUAAACCUUUACAAUCUUUUUAAACACAAAUUAUUCCUUGGAUUUUAUUUUCUUAUAAAUUGUAAAACAUUAAAAUGUUUUGAUACGUUUUUACUUUAGCUUAUAUCGAAAGACUACCCUAAAAAUAAUUCCGUAACUAUUCAUUUGCGUUCAAGGAUACCAAAUUGCACUGGUCUUUGUGUAUUUUAGAUUUUUGGAAGCGAGAGGUCCAAUUUUGGUAGGAUGUUUCUCUUUCCUGUUCAAUAGAUAACUUUUCAGUUUCUAGAAAAUAGUCUGAUGGCAAAUAUUUUACAAAUUUUUUUUCAAAGAUGAAUUUGUAAUAGAAGCAAACGAACAAAAAAAUUGCAAAUUCUAACCUUUUUGCACAUUAUUUUUCUUAUUCAAGGGUUUUGGAAGCACACCAUCAGGUUCAACUUUCAGGCUGCAUUGUAUGUUUUAUCAGCUUUGCUGCUUAACAAUCUGAACUCUUUGAGAAAUAGCAUUGUAUCAGAUUGUAAGAUGCCUUUUUUCUGAUGUAGAUACUCCACUUAUUAAAGUUUAAGCAGGUGUGUGUUUUGGUAUUAGUUGGUUUUCUCAAAUUGUAUGGGUGACUGACCAAGUGACUUCAGGACUGAGAAAAAGUAGAACCAUGAAUGAAGAUGAAACACCAAGUAAUCGUAAAGUUGUAUUGAAGUUAGCACCAAUGAGUAUGAAUGAGGGUCACACUGAAUUCACAUGGUUUCAACAAGAAAUGAUUUGGAAGCCACUGGGAAGCUGCUGUGGCUGUUUCCCAUAGGCAUGUGUGCUUGAUCAGCCGUAGCCAAAAAUCCUGUAAUUCAGACUCAGGCCAAGUCUACUUUUUCGGGGGGGCCAAAGUACAAUGUAUGUUGCAUCUACUAGUAUGUCGGCCCUGAUAAAAGGAUUCCACCUGCAAACAAGGAAGUAUGCUGGCCAAGUUUUUCAACCUGAUGCCUGAGCUUCUACCUGUAAAACUCUAGGCCCAAUGCUGCAGGAGGUAACUUGUCAGGAAGCAUACAUGACAUUGUGGCUGGGAACCUUUUUGGCGAAGUGAAUAUUUUCUCUGCUACAACUCUGUAGUGAUAUUGGACCCUGGUACUGAGAGAUGGUUGCAUCGACCUGUACACUGGUUCAUGAUAAAAAAAAGUGCCACCUGUAGAGGGCCGCGAUUUCAACUGUGAUGAAUACUCCCCAUUGAUUAAUUGUUUGACACUAGCAAGUAAUUUCUGUGAAUUUGCAAUUGCAGAAAUCAUUGGGAGGUGCACAAGUCAUUAUCACUGAGCUAUAGCAUCAAAUCCUAGUUUAUCGCAAGGCAAAUACGAGGUUCCAUCCAUCCAACCAAUCAGAAACAGCUCAACAUGCAGGCUUGUCGUGCUAACGUUAGUUCAUUUGCCAUGCGAUGCUGGUAGUAAACCAGGUUAGUUUUGCUCGUACAUACAUAUCCGGAUUGCCAAUUGUAACGUCAUGUCACAGGAGACAGAGUGCAUGGGUCAGUUUACUUGCUUCAGGCGGUUUAUACUGCAAAUGAACGAAAAAGGGUAGCAUAUUGCACAAAAGACUAGGUUCUGGCAAAUAUAUUGGAACAUCACUCAUUUAGGGUUGCAUUCAUCUCCAUUGGAGUUGACAAACAUUCCAAAUUUCAGAUGCUCAGAAAACACCUUGAUUUAGCUGGUCCCAUGAAGACUUUUCUUACAUUCUUGCCUGUAUUUAUACACUUUGUGUACAUACUGUGAAGUUGUAGUGAUUUAUAUACCAAUGGAAGCUUUAAUACUUGUGCAGUGGGCCAAAAAGUUUUCAUUUGUACACGUAUGAGUUACAUAUGAUGGUGCAUGUGCUUUUUACGUAAUCAUUAAGCAAAUUUCUAGAAAGGAUUGAUUCAUUAAGCCCCACCCCAUGUGUUCUGACCAGUCAUAGCUGUAAUGUACAUGUGUGUCCACUGUGUAUACACAAAAUCAGACAUGCAUACCCGUGGGUGUGCCACACGGGCUGGAACAGUCUGGCAUUACAGAGUCAAAUGCUCACAUUCUCAGUGGGGGGAGGGGGGAGCUUACUGGAUCAGUCUAUUCCAUUUAUUUUAAGAGCUAACAGUGUUUAGGUGUAUUCUUGAAGAGCUUUUAUUUUCUGGAAAGAUGUUCCUUUGUCGGUUCUGUUUUGAUCAAAGGACCAAGUGUAAUUCAGUUAUGCCUUUGUGCUUUUGACACAAUAGCUUCGAAAACUAAAACGAUUUUUUUUUUUGAGUAAAUGAGAGCUGCAUUGUAUUUGAAUCCGAGUUUCGGUUUCCCUUGAAGGGCAUGUGUGUGGAUUCGGUUUGCUAUUACUGUAUUAGAUACAUGCAGAAAUCCCACAAACAGUGUUCCUUUUCGAGCAGGAUAAGUCACUUACUAGUUGGUUUGCAUUAGUUUUGGUUUUAGGCCUCAGGAUUACAAUGUGUACAUGUAGCCCCAUAGGCUACGUCUUGAACCCUGGGCAGUAUCUAAAAUCAUAUUGAAAUUGAAGGAGUGAGGAUUGGCAGGGUUAAUAUUGCAGUGACCUAUACAACAUGUAUUCAGUUUUAUUAGCUUUGGAGUUUUAUUUUUGUAAUUUUUCAAAUUACGCUUUACAGAGAAUCAGUUUUACUCAGGUGGGUUACAAGUGUAAGUGUAGGUUUAGCUAGCUGCCAAAUUUUGCUCGUGUGUGUAUGGUGGCCUUGUGUGCUAGGUUUUUUUUUGGGGUGGUGGGGUGUUUCAUUGGUGGUUAUUGGUUAGAUUGUUUGUUCCCACUGCCCACGUGGGCUAUCUGGAAGGGCAACUAUUUCAGGAUGUAAUGUAGUGGCUUGAGAUUAUUUGAAUAAUAGUAAGGGUCAACACGACACAUGCAUUGAAUGGAUCAGGACAGGAAGUAACUCACAAUGUUGUGGAUGUCUAUCCGCCCUGAGCAGGAGCAAGAGAAGGUGUGAUUUUUCUAGCAACAAAGGCUCCUUUGCAAAUCUGGUGGGAAUGACACUUUGCUAGCUGGUUCAUGAACGACUAUGACAUGCAAGUGUUGCAGUUGCAUUGCUACCAACAAGAUUAAUGCUCCCACCAACAUGGCUGUUUUCAACCGAAGAGGGGGGUGCUUUUGCUCCAGGUGGAUAGCUGUGAUCAGUUUCCUUCACAAAAUUAUGUGAAAGGCAUCUGCCUUUCCCAGUGCCACGUAAAGGCAGUGGAGUGAGCAAAAUUGGUCCGCUCUUUACUUGAUCUGAGGGAGCUGACAGCCCAUAUUGAUUUUUGGAGAGUUAAAUUAAUGUUUGGUGUUGCCAUUGGCUACAAUCCAGUGAACAGCAUGAGGGAGCACCCUAAAACUCCAUACAUUUGGAGCAUUCCAUGAGCAAGCUUGAGCGAGGACAAUAGUUGACCAUAGUUCAGCCAAAGUUGCCUGACCAAUUGGAUGGUUCCGACCAUCUAGUUGACCAUUUGCAACCAGGCCUUAGGGCAUAGUCACACUGCUUGUUAGAAGCUGAUUUCAUUUUUAUCAGUAUGGAGGGAACCAUUUACAUGUACAUGAAAAUAAUGGACCUUUCCCGUGAAAUACGCAACAUAGACAGGCGCAUGUGUGAAACUACCACUGGUUGGCAAGCACGACUGUCAACACUGUUGGCAGUGUAGGAGAAAUGCUGUAACCAUAACCUGGCGCAUUGAAGGUCAAUCAAAACCGUAUUACAGCCUUUGUCUGAUACUUCAGCACGCUUUUCUCAAAACUAAGGGAAGUUUUCACUGUCCUGAGGUCGGAAAGUAUGAAAAUUCCUUGUCUUUAAGUUUGGUACUCAUAUCAAACUAUACUAGUCCAGAAAAAGCAUGUAUGUACACACAGUUGUGCAUGCAUGGAAAUCUGUAUUUUUACGUCAUAAGAUUGAAGCAACUUUGCAAACCAGUGGUGGUAGCAUGCAUGCACCUGUCUAAUUGGCAUAUUUCAUGGGAAAGGUCCAUUGUACGAGAUAUCACUGACCGUAAUUGCAGCAAGAGUUGCAGCCAACUGCAGAAUGUAAUACUGAUAUGUUACAAAAUAGUUUGACUAGGAACGUUCAAGUGUAAUUGUAUUCUCAUUACGCGUUGCUAAAAAAAUUGACUUGUGGGCAAACUGUGGUUUGUGCCAAACUUGCCCAGUGCCGUUCUUAGUUGGAAGUUUGGAAACACCAGGUGCCCCUACUUAGGACUGUAAUAGUGCCUUGCCCUUGAGCGAGCGUUUACUGCAUGGCUUGUAUACCAUUAAGGAAUGGCAUUUGACUGUUUGUGGCGGUGCUGAAACCAAUUCCAGAUAAGUUCUUUACAAGUCAUCCUCUUGUUUCAAACUACAGCCCAUUCAUAUGACAUGCAACAAAUUUAUUCUCAAUCAGUAUUUGUCCCUUUUUCAAAUACCUGACCUGUAAGUUGACUCAUUGAUUUAUAGAAGUGCCCUAAAAUUGAAGAUUUGCUAGUCUGUUAAUAGAUGUCUAAGGAAGAAAAAAUGUAUUCCUUGAAUGUAUUGUUGUUAAUACAUGCUCAUUUCAUUUUUGGGUUCACAAAUUAAUGUUUUGCAUAGAGAUCUGAAAUUUGUGUGGUGUAAUUUUCUGAAACAAUGUGUGAUUACAAAUAUGUCAUUUAAAUGCCUUUCUGAACAAGUUCAGUAAUCUAGCAUUCAUCAGGAUAUGUUUGUAAGUGUGCAAAAUUUUGGAGGCCUUGUAAAUGUAUAAAUAUUGAAACUUUAUAAUGUUA